AUUGUGGGCGGCGGCGACGGUUCGUGAGGGCGUGAGGGGAGCCGCUUUCGGUCGCCGCUAUGUUGCUGGCCCGGCUGGCUCUGCUGCGGCCGGGCCUGGCCGGAGGCCGCUGCUCCCCCUACGGCCGGCGGCUUCCCCGCGCCGAGGCGGCCAUGAAGGGCCCCUCGCCGGCCCCCGGCGUUGCCAGGCACUCUGGAAGCCAUGCCAGGCAGUCCUGCUUCCGCCGGGUUCCCCGCACUGCCCCCAAGCUCUCCCCGGCCGUCCUGUUGGUUUUGCCUCGCCACCUGGUCCCGCUGGGCCGGAUGGCAGCCUUGUGGGCGGGGCCGGCUUUGGUGGGGCUGGGGGCCGGCUUCAGCAAGAGAGUCUUCUGUCAGGAAGCGCCCAAAGUGGAAAUGGUCUGCAUGCCUGGAGAAAAAGAGCCAGAUUUCAACUGGGCCAUGUUUUGGAAAUUCUUGCGUCCUCAGCUACUGGCAGUGACGGCGGCCAUCGUGUUUGCCUUCGGGGCGGCCAUGCUCAACAUCCACAUCCCGUUGCUGCUGGGCCAGAUGGUGAACGUGGUGGCCAAGCACAUGCGGGUGGGUGAUUACCUGCGCAUGGUGCGCGAGCCGGCCCUGCGCCUGCUGACCAUCUACGGCCUUCAGGGUGUGUUAACCUUUGGGUACAUCCUGCUGCUGUCCUGGAUCGGGGAGAAGGUAGCUGGCAGUAUGCGGAAGCAGCUCUUCUCGUCCUUCCUCCGAGAAGAGAUAGCCUUCUUCGAUGCCAAUCAGACAGGGCACCUGGUGAAUCGCCUGACCGCCGACAUCCAGGAAUUCAAAUCUUCCUUCAAGCUGGUCAUCUCUCAGGGUCUGCGCAGCCUCACUCAAACCGUGGGCUGUUUCGUGUCUCUCUAUCUGAUUUCCCCUAAGCUGACCGGGCUGCUUGUGGUGGUGAUGCCCUUCUUGGUGGGCAUCGGGACCUUUCUCGGCACCUCCCUUCGGAGGCUCUCCCGCAAAGCCCAAGAACAGGUGUCUAAGGCCACAGCUGUGGCAGACGAGGCCUUGGGGAACGUCCGGACGGUGCGGGCCUUUGCCAUGGAACCCAAAGAGGUCCAAGAAUAUGCAACUGAAGUGGACAUUUCCAGCCGCCUCAACAUGAACCUGGGUCUGGGCAUUGCGUUCUUCCAGGGGCUCUCCAACGUGGCACUGAACAGUAUUGUGCUCGGCACCAUCUUUGUAGGCGGCUCCCUCAUGGCUGGACAAGAGAUGACACCUGGCGACCUCAUGUCGUUUUUGGUGUCCUCCCAGACCGUACAACGCUCCAUGGCCAGCAUGACGGUGCUCUUUGGACAGGUCUUACGGGGCAUGAGUGCUGGGGCUCGCGUGUUUGAGUUCAUGAACAUGUCGCCAGAGACCCCUCUGUGCGAGAGACAAAUGCUCACCUGCAGCAUGCUGAAUGGGCAUCUUGAGUUCCGGGAUGUGACCUUCAGUUAUCCCACCCGGCCGGGCUACAAAGUCCUGGAGAACUUCAACCUCUCCAUUCCCGCUAACAAGACGGUGGCCAUCGUGGGACAAUCUGGUGGUGGAAAGUCCACCGUGGCGGCUCUGAUGGAGCGCUUCUACGAACCCACCAAGGGGGCCAUCUUUCUGGACGGGCGGGAUAUUUGCACCCUGGACGCUUCCUGGCUCCGAGGGGAAGUCAUCGGCUUCAUUAACCAGGAGCCCGUGCUCUUCAGCACCACCAUCAUGGAGAACAUCCGUUUCGGCAAGCCCUGUGCCUCGGAUUCUGAGAUUUAUGCGGCUGCCCGGCUGGCCAAUGCCGACGAGUUUAUCCGCAGCUUUCCGGAUGGAUACAACACGACUGUGGGCGAGCGUGGCGUGACUCUGUCGGCAGGACAGAAGCAACGGGUGGCCAUCGCCCGGGCGUUGAUCAAGAACCCCAAAGUCCUCAUCCUGGAUGAGGCCACCAGCGCCUUGGAUGCCGAGUCGGAGCACGUGGUCCAGGAGGCCUUGAACCGGGCCGUGGCCGGCCGCACCGUGCUGGUCAUCGCCCACCGGCUCAGCACCGUCAAGGAGGCCUCGCUCAUCGUGGUGCUGUCCAAGGGCCGCGUGGCAGAGGCCGGGACCCAUUCGGAGCUCUUACGAAAAGGUGGCAUCUACGCAGAGCUUUUCCGCCGGCAAGCCAAGGACAUCUGAAGGAGGAGGCCACAGCAGUCAGUUUGCCGGAUUCCCCCCCUUUUUUUCCCCCUCUGCCCUCUUUCGCUCGGCCUCCAGCCCCUCCCGAGGUGGUUGCUCGGGAAAGGCCCAGAGCCCGUUGCUCUGGGAUGCUCUGUUGUCGGUUUCAGGGAACACGGCUUUCCUCUUUCCCGGCGGGGAAGGAAGCUGCGUGCAAUUUGACACUUGAGGUUUUUUUUUUUUUCAAAUACAGCCUUUUUGGGUUUGGA